AUGGUGCUCACGAUUCCGCGUAAAAAUGUUCUUAACGGUUCACGAUACAUGCCCGGUGAAUCGGAUGCUGAUCGUGACAUAUCUCAUUCAAAUCUCCACGAUGAAAAUCAUCACAUCGUUGUUGAUCGACCGGUGAUUACACAGAAAUCAUUUGAUAAAGUAUUUAUCCCAACAGCAUACGAAGACCGAACACCAAUUGUACUUGUUGGACAAAUACAAUCUUAUUUCAAAAGGAAAUGUAUACCUUCGAAACAAUGUGGCAAAUCAUAUUUGAAAGUACUCUUUCCUUUUUUGUCGUGGUUGAAAAUCUACGAAUUGGCUUGGUUACCGAACGAUCUAGUGUCGGGACUUACGGUUGCAAUUAUGCAGAUUCCACAAGGUAUGGCGUACGCUCUACUGGCUCGUUUACCAGCAAUUAUGGGUGCCAUUGCAGUCAUCAGCUUGAUGACAGGUAAUGUCGUCGAUCGUUUCAACGCAGAAAGAGUCUCAGCUACCCUUGAAUCAAGUAUUGCAAAUAGUACAGCGAAUGAUGGAUCACUUGACCCAGAGUAUGCCAUUACCAUUGCAACCACGUUGGCUCUGACAGUCGGAAUCAUACAUUUCAUCUUGUGUUUUUUUCGCCUUGGUUUUGUUACAUCGUUUCUUUCCGAUACAUUUAUCAGUGGUUAUACAACUGGGACGGCCGUCUUGGUUUUCACAUCUCAGGUUCCUGAUAUCUUGGGUUUAACCUUGAAGCGGCGUGUUGGUCCACUAAAUAUUGUCUACACAUAUAUUGAAAUAUUUAGCAGUUUAAAGAAAACGAAUAUCGCUACUUUAGUCAUAUCAGUAUGUGCAAUAGUGACAUUGAUUGUUGUGAAAGAAUACCUCGAGCCGUUUUAUAAAAAACAGCUGAAAAAAAUCAAACUAUUUCGAACAGUACAAAUACCCAUUCCGAUCGAAUUAAUUGUGAUUAUUAUCGGCACAGUAGUAUCGUAUGCUUUUGACUUGAAUGGUCGGUAUAAAGUAAAGAUUGUCAACACAAUCGGUCGUGGAUUUCGCAAACCACAAGUUCCAGCAUUAGUACUCAUGCCCAGUUUAAUCAAAGAUGCACUUAUUAUUGCUGUUGUUUCGUUUGCUAUUUGCAUGUCAUUAGCAAAAAUAUACGCGAAAAAGUUUAAAUAUGCAGUCAAUUCGAAUCAAGAAUUAGCCGCAUAUGGUCUAUGCAAUGUAAUCGGCUCAUUUUUUGGAUCAUUCGCAAGUGCAGCUUCUUUAUCUCGAACAAGUGUCUAUGUGAAUACCGGUGGUCGAACUCAAGCAGCUGCUUUGAUUUCCUGUGCAUUUCUACUUGUGAUUAUCUUACAAAUAGGAUCAUUGUUUGAAUCUCUACCAAAGGCUUGCUUAGCGUCGAUUAUUAUCGUUGCAUUGAAAGGUUUAUUUUUGCAAAUGAAAGAUAUCUGUACAAUUGGUCAUGUCACCAAAUUAGAAGCGAUUGUUUGGAUUAUUACAUUCCUUAGUACCGUUAUACUUGAUGUCGAUUAUGGACUUAUCCUUGGCAUUAUAGUAUCACUUAUUGUUGUCAUACUUCGGCAGUUUCGACCGCGGACAACGAUUCUUGGUCAAUACGAACGGAGUGAAAUAUACAAAACUGCAAAACGUUUUAGCAAUGUUCAUGAAAUUCCCUAUAUUAAAAUUUUCCGUUUUGAAUCACCGAUUAUCUACUUCAAUGCCGACUAUUUCCGUGAAAGUCUGCUAGAUGCUGUUGGUAUUGAUUUAAAAACAGGACAACAUCGAACAGUUCAUCCGAAACAGUUCAAUCCCGUUUGUUCGAUCGCAACGUGUAUCAUCAUUGAUUGUUCGUCAAUCAGUCAAUUGGAUUACAGUGGUGGAAAGAUCUUUCUCCAAACAUUGAAAGAACUGAAUGAUUGUAAAUACAAAAUCUAUUUAUGCAAUCUACGGUAUUAUAAUUAUGACGUUUUAGAAAAACUUGAAAUGAAUCAAGUUUGUUCGGUGAAAGUUGUAGCUACUGUUCAUGAUGCUGUUCAUGAUAUACAAGAUGAUUUGAUGGAAAAUAAUGACCAGUCUAAUCGAAGCAUACAAUCACGAAAAUCAAGCUUCGUCAAUCACGGUAAAGCAAUUUGUGUAAUGGAACAAAACUCAUCCGUUUUUUUAUACAUAGAAUCGAAUGUUAAUGAUUCGAUUUUAGCGUGUAUAAUGCAUUUUUCUUUGUUUUGCGUAUUCUUUGCGAUUGCUAUUGUUACGGAUGGACAAGAACAAGAAAGUUUAUUUAAUACAAAAGUUGAACGAGCGCUUGAUCUUGUUUCACAUCUGCCAAAAGAAACAAUAACGGUUACAUUCGAAAAUCGCGGGACGAAACCCGCACGUUAUUAUGAUUACUACGUUGAACCACAACAUGUCAAAGACGUUGCUUAUGUUGGCGCGAUCGUCAAAGGGAAGAACAGUGAUGAUCAAGGCGCUCUUCCAAUCAAACAAGAAAAUACCGAUAAAACCAAAGGAACAAUGUAUCGUAUCGAGUUACCACACGAUCUUCGUCCAAGUCAAACAUUGACACUUGAAAUUGAAGUUGUUCAUGUUCAUGCCUUACGUAUGUAUCCUGCUGAAAUCACCCAAAGUGAACGACAACUAGUUUUAUACAAAACCAAUGCCUAUUACUACUCUAAAUACUCAACCGAAACACAAAAAACACGCGUGACAUUACCAACAGAUCGUGCCGAAUCGUACACUCAAACUCCCAAACCGGUCAGCAAAAGUGAGCAAGUAAUAACGUAUGGCACGUACGCAGAUCUGCCAGCUUAUUCUCAAAAUGAAAUUGUAUUGCACUAUGAGAAUAAUAACGCAUUUUUAACCGUCAAUAACUUCCAGCGGUGGAUUGAAGUAUCACAUUGGGGAAAUAUUGCUGUUGAGGAAACCGUCGAUAUGUAUCAUAGUGGUGCAAAACUAGUCGGACCUUUCUCUCGACUGGAUUUUCAACGACGGCAAGAUAGUUUAUCAGCUGUGAAGUCAUUUAAAAUGUCGUUGCCUGCAUCUGCACGUGAUAUUUAUUAUCGUGAUGAAAUUGGCAAUGUUUCCACGAGUAAUGUACGAGAAAUGAACGACCAGGUCGAACUUGAACUCCGUCCUCGAUUUCCACUAUAUGGCGGCUGGAAUACCCAUUAUGUUAUCGGUUACAACGUUCCGUCAUAUCAAUAUCUUUUCAACAGAGGAAAUCAAUACAUUUUAAAAAUGCGUCUAAUCGAUCACGUCUACGAUGAUCAAUUACUCGAACAAGUGACUGUGAAAAUCGUGCUACCCGAACAUGCGCACAAUAUCGAAUUCUAUCCACCGAUCUAUGAUUCGAAUGUAAAACGUUUACCGAAUGAAAAGCAUUACACUUAUUUAGAUACCGUUGGCCGUCCAGUUAUUGUCAUCACUAAACACAAUGCACUUUUUCAACAUAUCCAAGAUUUUGAAAUUCAUUAUACAUUCGAGAAGAUCAUGUUGUUACACGAACCGAUGUUGAUUGUUGUUUCAUUAUUUGCUUUGUUUUGCCUGGUGAUAGUUUUAGGUCGAUUGAAUUUCUCGAUUCAAAAUCAAGACAAUCAUGAAUUCCGUACACGUACUCAACAGAUAUGGAAACAAAUCUUAGAUAAUCAUGUGAAACGAACAAGCUUCUAUCAAAAAUUAGACGAUGCUCUACAUGCGUAUAAAACGAACAAAGAUCAAAAGGCUUACAGUGAACAACGGAAAAAACUUGAGAAUGAAUUGAAAGUGAUUCAACAAGACUUCACUGGUUUGAAGUCGAAAAUUCAAGCUGACGACAAAGAAAUGAUUGCUAUCGAAGAAUUUCAAAAACUUGCUGAAGAGCAACGUCAGAUCACGCAAGCACUAAGCGGUCAUACCGAGAAGUUUGUUACUGGCAAAAUACAAAAACAAGCAUAUACAACUGAAGAAGAAAACUUACGUGGCAAAUUACGCGAUAUUAACACACAGGUAUCGACAAUUCUCAAUCAGUACUGA